AUGGGUGUCGAGCCGGACUGCAUCUAUGGGAUGCAUGAGAGUGGAUUUCCAACUGGAUACACAGGGAAGGAGAGAGUGGUGGGCAAACGUGGUACCAAGACACAGCACAAGCAAGGAGGGGCAAGCCGGCAAAACAUCACUGCGCUUGUGACAAUUUGUGGAGACGGCAAGAUGGUUGUGCUGCCAAUGAUUAUCUUCCCGGUGAUAGGCUGGCUACCAGACGCGCUCUGCACCAGCUCUGUAAGGGCGUAUUUUUGCGCUUUUUACAGAGUUUACUCUUGA